ACAAACCAGGGACAGUUCCCGAGAUAGCAGAAAAGAAUCAAACUCAUCCAAAUCCAGCUAUACACCCAGUUCCGGCAGUAAGCCAAAUAUCUGGCCUACAUCACCGGCCAAACUUCUAGGCUCCGGCAGAGUAGAGAAGGAGGAUGAUGGAGUGCUUGUAAUAGAUGAGGAGAAUAGCAUGGAUUCAAAUUCACUUAGUAACAUGAGUGCUGCGGAGAUGAAUGCAGAGAACUACCACGGACACUACAUGAACGAUGAGAGCCCCCCGGCCCCCGGGAUGAUCAGAGUUGUUGGAGCAAACGGGAAAGCUGAAUGGAAACGGUACAAGCAGUACACCAAGGAUGAUAUUGUUGCUGCAAUUGAAGAAGUAAAAAAUGGGAUGAGUGCAUUGCAGGCGUCGAGAAAAUACGGGGUUCCAUCACGCACACUGUAUGAUAAGGUUCCUAUGAUCAACAGUCUUGGCAUGCAGACCAACGAAUUCAGACAAAUAGACUAA